AUGGAAGAGAAGUUCAACACGGACGCCAAGCUGAAGGAGCUGCACACGAAGAUCGGAGCUUUGGAGAUGGAGGUUACCAGCAUGCGAAAUCAGGCCUGGGAGCUGAGACUUGCGGGUGGCACCAACGGCGGUAGUGGGGAGUGGGAAGAGAUCAAGAAUGAACAAGAAAUCGGCCAAGGCGGUCACGCAGGUGCGGACUGA